UCAAGGGAGGUCACCUUGUUUACUUCCUGCACGUGGAACACUCAUAACAACAAAUCUUUGUAACGCAAGUCGUUUUACUGUUGCUGUAUCGUCGGAUAGAAUAAAACUUUAAAAAUGAGCCAACCUGAACUGAGCGAUGCCGCAUUAAAAUUUGUCAAUGAAUUAGAAAUGGAAAUGAUGGUUGAUAUGUACAACAGAAUGACACAAGCAUGCCAAAGGAAGUGUAUACCAGCUAAAUACAAAGAUCCUGAGCUUUCAAAAGGUGAAGCUGUCUGUAUUGACAGAUGUGUAGCCAAAUAUCUUGAAGUGCAUGAUAGGAUAGGAAAAAAACUAACUGCACUUUCCCAGCAAGAUGAAGCAACCAUGAAAAAGAUGCAACAGCAAGUCCAACCAUCAGGAAAAUAAGUAUUCUGUGGUUUAUGAACAGUUGCUACCAAUUAUAUUAUUAUUACAAUACCACAUUGCAAGCCGUUAUGACAUUCUGUCAGUGCAGUAAUAUUUUUGAAGUACCUUCUACAUGAUUAAAGUAAAAUCAAAUUGACAGCUUUACCAUUAGCACAAGUCUUUAUCUUGAAUCUCCAAAACUAAUUACUAGAGCUUUUUUAUAUUGGAGCUGCAAAUUUCAAACUGAAGUUUCAGAUGUUUUAAUUUAUUUUUCAAACAUUGUGUGAUGUUUUAAAGAUAUGUUAGGCAGUUGUUUUAUAUUUGGUUCUUAGUGAGAAUACUCAUGGCAUGCAUUUUCAGUACUGCAGCUAUGCAUAGUCCUGUGUGACAUUUGUUAAUGCUGAUAGGUAAAAAUAGAACCUGACCAUAAUUUAUGAUUUUAAGAAUUUUUUAAUUAUUUAAUUAUUUAAAUGGAAGUGAUAGCAUUGGUUGAAGUAACUUUAAAAAGAAUGAUUGGAAGUAUUUGAAGUGUGCAUACUUCUGGAGCUCGUGGUGAUUUAUAAUAUAAUAAUAUUAUAUUAUUUAUGUUAAUAUAAUUACCGUUAUAAGCCUGUAUGUUUUGAUACCAGAUUUUUUUCAAUUUGAUUAUUUUAAAAUGUAUGUGUGGUAGACUUUCACUGUUGAAGGUAUGAGUGGUUGUUAUCAGUGUGAUAUAGAUGAGACCAUUGUUAACUGUGCAUUUUAUAUUAACAGAACAUUUUAGAAAUGUUCUGAUUAAUAAAGUUGGAUGUGAAUA